AUGCCUCGCCCGGGCAGGAACACUUACAGCGAUCAGAAGCCUCCCUACUCCUACAUCUCGCUGACCGCCAUGGCGAUCCAGAGCUCCCCGGAGAAGAUGCUGCCCCUGAGCGAGAUCUACAAGUUCAUCAUGGACCGCUUCCCCUACUACCGGGAGAACACUCAGCGCUGGCAGAACUCCCUCCGCCACAACCUCUCCUUCAACGACUGCUUCAUCAAGAUCCCGCGCCGCCCCGACCAGCCGGGCAAGGGCAGCUUCUGGGCGCUGCACCCCAGCUGCGGGGACAUGUUCGAGAACGGCAGCUUCCUGCGCCGCCGCAAGCGCUUCAAGGUGGUCAAGUCGGACCACCUGGCGCCCAGCAAGCCGGCGGACGCGGCGCAGUACCUGCAGCAGCAAGCCAAGCUGCGCCUCAGCGCCCUCGCCGCCACCGGCACCCACCUGCCCCAGAUGUCCACGUACAAUCUCGGCGUGUCCCAGCCCUCCAGCUUCAAGCACCCCUUCGCCAUCGAGAACAUCAUCGCCAGAGAGUACAAGAUGCCCGGGGGCCUCGCUUUUUCCACGAUGCAGCCCAUGCCGGCCGCCUACCCCCUCCCCAAUCAAUUGACUACGGUGGGCAGCUCCAUUGGCACGGGCUGGCCCCACAUGUACGGCUCCGGCAUGAUCGACACCGCCACCCCCAUCUCCAUGGCCAGCAGCGAGUACGGCGCCUACGGCGUGCCCAUCAAACCGCUCUGCCACGGCGGGCAGACUUUGCCGGCCAUCCCCGUCCCCAUCAAGCCUACCCCCGCCGCGGUGCCAGCCCUGCCCGCCCUGCCCGCGCCCAUCCCCACCAUCCUCUCGAACUCGCCGCCCUCCCUGAGCCCCACGUCCUCGCAGACGGCCACCAGCCAGAGCAGCCCGGCCACCCCCAGCGAGACUCUCACCAGCCCGGCGCCCGCCCUGCACUCCGUGGCUGUGCACUGA